AUGUUUGGCAAGGAGAGCAGCGACAAUAAAGACUUGAAAAGAGAGAUUCCGCCGCUAUUCCGCCGCGACGAAGACGAUUCCUGCCCUUACUAUCCGCCUGGUGAUGACGAGAAGUGUACCGAUUCGGACUCGUCGCUUUUUGCACGCGCAUCAGAUCCGAAUACUGCCAAGAAAAUGACUCUCAGUUUCCUGAGCACGAAGAAUAAAUUUACGUAUCUGAGAUAUCCCAGGUGUAACGCGAAGAACAAUGGGCCGUCGAGUGUGGCGAAGGUAGGCUCCCAUGGUAAUUGUGUGUUUUUGAACGAAAAGGGAAUGCUAACGAGUAUACAAAAGUGGUAUCUUCCUGAGUUCAUGCUCUCUAGCUCAACUGAUAUUAACGACAACCGACGGUGCUCGGCAAAGACAACCAAGGAGAAUUCCGUCCAGGGAGCGAACAAUGUCUACUACGUGGAUGGAAACUCGGAUCUAUCCGCUACGAACUUCCGCUCGGAGCACGUCUUCGAGGUGCACCUGGUCAGCCAUUUCCUUGAGUGGGUGUGUGGAGGAACAAAAGAAGCCAAGUACGGGAAUCUGAGGAGCAAGCUUGCUUUCCCAAAGGAUUGGAAGCCUGCUGAUUCUACUUGGUGCAAUGAGGUGUUUGGAGGGUCUAGUGGUGGGAUGACUUGGUCGAGGAACAACGGCCCCAAAAAGAACUGGGUCCAGCAUACGGCCGACGUCCUAGGAAGUGCCUCCAAUACUGACCUGCUCGUUCUCUACCACGACUUGCCCAACGGAGUUAAGAAGGUCAUCACAGAAGGAAACCAGCCUGAUCUCGAUAUCAAUCUCGCAGAGAAGGGUCUAGCGGACAAGAUCAUGAUGAGCGCCACUGUUUUCGACUACAUCCGAACCCUCAGCGACAAAUGGACCAAACCCAGCCAAGACAUCGAAUUAAUCUCCGACGAAUUUGACCAUGAAUACAGCCGCCAAUACGUCAACAGCCCACCGUCGGGCAAGGCGCUCGAGAAGCCUAAGGCCCCCCGCGAUAUCAAACAUUAG